CAGCUGAAGUACGACUUAAUAUUAUGCAAAAGGUGAAGGUCACUGCAUUCAUUUUCGAUUCGCGCCAAGUUCGAUAGAGUAAGCGGGUAAGAGCUAAAAACUAAAGACACAGAUACCGGUAGAUGUUGAUAUGACAGAUUAUGAGGUGGCUAGGGAGAAUAGUCAGAUACUCAAGAUGUCUGAAGAAACCAACACACCUCAGCGGUCAAUUUUAGACUUCUUCAAAACGCCUCCAAAAAAUCUGACAACAAAACCAAAAGACCUGCUGGGCUUCUUCUGUAAAAAAGAAAACAAUGCUCAGACCUUGGGAAUAUCUUGCAAUGGAAAGGAUACCAGCACUAAAGAAAAUGUAUCAAAGAAAACCUCAAUCAAAAAUGAAGGAAAAACUCUGAAGAAAAGAAAGAGGACAAUAUCAAAGGACCAGGAGUCAGACGAAGAUGAUGGAGAGAAUAAGAAAACUGCUCCAAGGAAGAACUUGCUGAAAAGAAAGAAAGGCGAAACCACUGGAACAAAAGUUAGUCAGGAAAAGGUUGAGGGAAACAAAGCAUGUGAAACAAAAAAGAAAGCAGACCUUCAUUGUGAAGAAGUAGAAGAAAAUGUCUCAGAGACUUCAAAUAAGGAGAAAGGGAUUAAAGAGGAUAGAUUCAGCAAAGCCACACUUAAGAUCAAUGGUGAGGAAAUUCCAGAUAGUUGUGUGCCAGAUCAGGUGAAUAAAGUAGAGAAUACGUCGGCUACAGGCUUGUCUACUCCUCCUAAAGGGUCCACAGAGAGAGGGGAGGAAGGUGAGGGACAGAAGAUGACACAGGGCACACCAAAGAACCUUGAAUGGAAUAAAAGGAUUGACAUUGAAAAAUGUAGGACACCUAAAGAGAAGACCCUAGACAAAAGUACAAAAAAGAAAAAUAAGCUGAAAAAGAAGAAGAAGGAACCCGAUGCUGGGAAAACUGUGAGUAAGUCCUUGAAUUUAUCAGACAUUUGUACAAACAUGGCAGAUGUUUCUAUCCUCAGUGAUGGUGGAAUGAACGGCAGUCACAUACUGAAUGGUGAUGUAGACAUAGGCAUUGAUCUUAUUAAUAAGGAAAUUGAUAAAAAGGAAGAAACUAAUGUAACAGAAGUUAGCUACCAAGAUUUUCUCAGCAAGGCAGCUCAUAUUGAAGACGACAAGGAGGAUGAUUUGGAUGAAACAGAUGGCAAUUGGAAUAAGCAGGGGCAGAAAACCAGUCAUUGUAUGAAGGAGGACCAGCAAAGGAGUGAGUUUACUGAUAACAGCAAGGAAGGACCAGGGACAAAGACGAGAGGUCGACAUAGAAAAUCCAAUCAGUCUUCUGCUGCUGCUGAUCAAAAGGAGGCAGUGAGUGGGAAUCAUGUAGUGAACGACAAACCAGAGGAGAUGGAGAAUGUGAAGGAAGUCAGCUAUCUGGAUUAUCUGAACACAAUCAAUUCACCAGAGACGGGGACAAUUGCACACAAAGACUCGCAGGGUGGGGAUUCUCAGUCACGCACAGUGGAGGUGGUGUCCACACCAGGUGUGGAAGAUGGGACUGAUAUUCCAAUGCCCAAACAUUACCCCUCCAUCACAAACUUCUUCUCAAAAGUUGGCAGUGAUAAAAAAUGGCAGCCUGCUCCUCCCAAGACAAGAAAUAAUGUUUCAUAUAUCAAAGCUAUCAUUCACGAACCUAUUGAACCCCCAAGUGAGAGAAGAGGAAAGGAGAAAAUGGAAACAAAACAAGUGGCUAAAAAGGCAAACAGGUCGCUGAAGAAACACCAUAGUGAGGAGAUCAUUGAAGUUCUCAGUUCAGAGAUUAUUGUAUUGGAUGAUAGUCCAGUUGAUGUCAAAGGUCAGAAUGGCAAAAAAACUAAAAGAGAAAAACAAUCAGAGGAACUGAAACCAAAAUCAGAGACCAAAGUACUAACAGAAGAGGAGAAAGAAGAAGAGGAGAAGAAAAACUUGUUCCUUCAUGGUAUUAACACACAAGACAAGUCUGUCAAGCAGAAGACAUCCCAGGCCACUCUCAGCUUCUCUAAGGGGGGCCUGCAGAUGAGUAAGGCUGUGAAGGAACCUGUAGAGAAGUCCUCAGAAAAAUCAACUGCAGAAAGUACCGGCACUCCAGAACCAGAGAGGAGAAAAAGGGGCCGUCCAAAGGGAUCAUUUAAAACUGGAAUCAAGGAGACGACCCCGGAGAGCCCCAGUCUGUCCAGUCCCAACUCAAGUCAGGUGUUUGAGGAUGGAAUAGCAACAAACAAGGUGGAGAAAUCCACCCCGAGUCUUGCGGAGAGAAGAAAGUCCCUCAGACAGAAGUAUAAAGUCAAACUUCUACAGAACCAGGAGCCCGAAUCCCCCAUUAGGAUGAAAUUCAUCAGGUGCUUAAAGAGCAGCAGUGGAAGCAGUCAGGAUGAGUCUCUGACCCCCAAGUCAAAGGAGAAGGCCAAGAGACAGAGUAAGGCUCAGCAGUUGUUAGAGAAAGCCAAGAGGAUUCAGGAGAUCAAGAAAAAGAGUCAGGGCAAAACACAUCAAAAAUCAGCUGACCAAAAAACCAAAGGGUCUCGGAGAAAACCAAUCAAGGGCAGAGAAACAGCUGACAAUGAGGUGAUAGAGGUCAAAUCUGACUCGGAGACUGGGGAUUCCAGGGGUCGCAGGCGCAGCUCCAGGUUGUCAGACAGACAGAAGAGUAUGAAGGAACUAGAGGUUGUGGAGUUGGACGAUGAAGACACCAAUGAUUCCUGUUACACCCCCACCAAACCCAACAGGAGGGCUGGGAGUCAGAAACAGGGGGCUGCCAAAAAACCAGAAGUGAAGAACAUCGCACCAAUAUUUUUGAAAAAGAAAUCCAAUGUUGUCAACAGUCCAGUCAAGAGGGAGUUGGAUCCAGAGGCGGAGAAAUUAAAGCGGGCAUUCUUGAUGAGUGGAAUUCCGGCGGAGUUAAAGCAGUCUGCCACCGUCGCGGCAUCAACUGCGGUAGCUCUGUAUCCACCAUUCCCCCGGGACAACCAUGUUCAACAGAGAUCCUGCUCCAAGAUGUGGAGUGUGGAGAACGUCAUUCUUAAAACAGUGGCUGGAGUGGAGUUCUGUUCAAAGAUCACACAGAUGUGGAGUCUUAAUCUGAAAGCAGGACAGCCAUUGAUGAACUGUCAGAAAAAAAGUCCAAUACCAUUACAGAGUGAGAAAUUCAAGGAGAAUGUAGUCAGCUGUUUACUGAAAGAGAUAAGCCAGGCCUGUCCCUCAUUCCCCACCCAGAAGAUGUACACCAUUCUGAAGGAGAAACAGGAUGAGGAGGUCAUUGAAGAAACAGAAGGGAAAUCAAAGGGAAAAGAAAUGAAAGGGAAAACAGAGAAAGAAAAACCCCGGCGAAGCUUGAGGAGAAGGAAGGAAAUGAUUGAGAUUAUAGAUGUGGGAGGGAGCCCGGAAUCCAAAGUCGACCCGGACAAGAAAGAGGACAAACUGGAAAAUGUGCUGCCUGCUCUGUCCUGGCCGGAGAAGUACCAGCCCCUCCACUCGUCCGAGAUCAUCGGGAACUCGGCGGUCAUCAAGCGGCUGAGGGCAUGGCUGCUCGAGUGGAAGCAGUGUCUGGAUAAGGAGGCCAAGCGAGCCAAGCUGAUGAUGAUGAAGGAGAAGAAGAAGUCCCACAAAGAGGAAGAGCUAGAGGAGGAGUGGUGGGCGGACGAUGCCAGUGACUUUGACCUAGAUAGCGACUCCGAGGGGGAAGGGGACAGGCUCUGUAACACCGCCAUGCUGACCGGGCCCCUCGGGGUCGGGAAAACUGCCUCUGUUUAUGCUCUGGCCCAAGAACUGGGAUUUAAAGUGUUUGAGGUGAAUGCGUCAUCCAGUCGGAAUGGAAAGAGAAUCCUGGCUCAGCUUCAAGAGGCCACUCAGUCCCAGCAGGUGUCCAAGCACCACUUCAGUGGAGCCGGCACGCCCAAAAAACACAAAAACAAUACUAAUGCAGAUGUUCCUUCCAAAUCAAAACCGACAUUCUUCACCAAUUUGUUCAAGAAGGCAGGGAAUCAGCCAUCUGCCACUUCACACAGUACUGAGGUAAAAGAGAAAGUGGGCAGGAAGAAGAGGAAGCUGGAGGAAGACACUGAAUACAAGGAGGAAAAAGAGCCAAAGAAGAGGAAGAAGGUGGAUGAUGGAGCGAAGACGGAUCCUCCUCUAGAGAAGAAGAAGAGUCUGAACCUCUCCUGUACCUCGCUCAUCUUGUUUGAUGAGGUUGACUUAGUGUUUGAAGCGUUUGACAAAGGUUUCUGGGCAGCGGUCAAGAACUUCAUGGAUUCCACGAAGAUACCCAUCAUUCUGACCAGCAACGACAGCUCUCUACCACAAAAGUUUGAUGGACGGUUUGAACAAUACAAGUUCCGAGUCCCUCCCAUGAUUCCAACCUCCUGUUAUUUACGGCUGGUUGCCCUAACAGAGAACAUAAGAAUGGACUGGGAUGAAAUCGUCAAUCUUGUUUCUAUUUUUAACUCGGACAUCAGACGAGUUCUUCUGACACUGCAGCUCUGGGUGAACUCUGGUGGAGGUCAAAAGGUCAGGAGGUCAAUCAAGGAGAGGGAGACCCCUCAGGAAAUGGUAACAAACCUUGCCGUGAUUGAUGAAAACUCGUGCUCCCAGGACAUGUUGGCCGUGUCAAAGAAAGCAACCAGGACGGGUGUUGGUACGAUCAAUGAUGACGAUGACGACGACUUUGUGUCAAUCAAACCUAUCGCCUGUAAACGACAACAGCUGAUCAGUGACGACGAGAGCUCGAACCUGGAACCCCCUACCGGAGAGAAAGUUCUGAUGGAAGCCCAGAAAUGUCCCCCUGUGAACAUUUCCUGUCUGGAAAGCAUGCUAGGCCUGCCCAUCAAGAAUGAAAAUGGCAUUCUUGGCUUCCUUAACAAAACUGUACAGGAUGGUGGUAGCAGAGAGGAAGAACUGGCUAUUCUGGCUUGUCAACAAUACCUGAAGCUGAAGGUUGAUCUUCUUUAUGGACAUCAUCUAGACAUGCUUCCUUUAAACAAAGUCACUGUAGAAAAUCUAGGACCAAAAAAGGAAGUCCCGUCUCCCGUUAAAACCAAAAGGAGGCGCAUCAAAAUGACGUCCGAUUUGUACGACAGUGAGGGAUCGGACAGCGAGUCCACAGAUGUGGCCCAGACCAGUGCCAUUGUGGAGGAAACUCCCAAACACAAACAAAGAGAGGAGAAUUCACCUGAGCUGGUUGGGGCUCUGAGUGGGUUUGCUGACUUCUAUGACAGUAUCUCAUUCACAGACACAAUGAGGUCACUGGAAGAGAGGAUUGUGGGAGAUCAGAACAGUGUAAACGGGAUGACAGAGGAUCCACUGAUUCACGAGCACUCAGAACUGUGGAUGCAGGACCAUCUGAGUGAGGUGUGUGCGAGCGUCCAGUGGGCGAGUCUGAGUACACUCAAUCACAGGCUGAGACAGGUCACUCGAGGGCUGGUCCAGGAUGAACGGUUUACAAUCCCUGUCCUCAAGGGAAGGACCUCAACAUUAACUCGGGGAAUAGCCUGUCCAGAUACUAGGUCUCAGAGUACGAUCGACAAGGCGUACAGCAAUGUGAUGUCUAGUCUACCUCUAUCGGUCCCAAGAGCAGCGGCCAUGUGUGAUUAUCUCCCCUACUUCAGAUCCAUCACUCGAGACGAACAGAUCCGACAGGCCGCCAAGCUCAAGAGAAGAUUCCACCACUACUUUGAUCAGAUCGGACUUUCUCUUAAAGACCAGACGCUGGAAAUUUUAAACUCGUCUCUCUCCUGAAUUCUGGACAGGGAGACAACAAAUCUGACUUUCUUAGAUAAAUCGGCAUAAAUUAUUUUAUUAUAAGCCAUCAGAUGGCAUAGUUUUUGUAAUUAGAUCGAAGUAUGUGUAUAAAUGUGCAAUGCUGUGAAAAUUCUUUAUAUUACCUCGAUUUUGUUGAUGAUUAAGCAUUAUGAAAUUACAAAUGUACAUAACAAUUUUUACUUUUUAUACAUGUAUCCAAUAUGUGAACAAUAAUGAUUCUUAUAUAAAUUAGAAAAACAAAUUGAAGUGUUUGUGGU